CAUAGCGAAUGGCGCACCUGCCCUGGGGCCCGCAGGAAGGAGGUGGAGCAGCACAGGCAGCGUACAAGGGAAAGGAGCAGGCUGCUGCUGCUGGCUGCGGCGGGAAGGUGGCGCGAAUCCCCACGGGAGCUGAGACUGGCUAGGGGGGAGGAAUAGAGAAUGCAAAGGUGUCUUGCUCUGCCGACCCCUCCCUCACUAAGCCGCCUGAAGCAAAGCCCUUGUGGGCUCUUGGUUACAAAGCAACGCCUGUACCUUGCCCCCCUCAACGCGGAAGGGGUUAGGGGCUGCCGUGACUCCGGGACAUGUGAUACAAAGGGGGGAAUUCGAACUUACAAACGCUAUGGCCGACGAGCUGUUCUGUAAGGUCGUCUCUAUUGGCAUCAAAUGUCGGGAGUGUGAAGACAGACGUGCUAAUGUAAGACUAACAGUGGAAUCACGUUCUUCAUCAAAUCCAGUUCAUAAAAAGGAGUUAAUUGUUCGACUUUCUGAUGAUACAGAUCCAUUUUUUUUAUAUAAUCUUACACUAGGGGAAGAAGACUUUCAAAGUUUAAAGAAUCAGCAAGGGUUGCUGGUGGAGUUUUCUGCAUUUCCACAGAGAUUCAUUGACCUCUUAGAGCAAUGUAUCUUGGAGCAAGAUAAGCCAGUGCCAAGGUUUUUACUUCAGCUAGUAACGUCUUCAAAUGCUCUGGACUGUAUGCCUGCAAGCCUAAAUAUAAUUGAAACAAAUCCAUUUAAGCAUCUCAUUCACCUUUCUUUAAAACUUCUGGCAGGAAGUGACAGUGAUGUGAAAAAAUAUCUUGCCACUUGCAUUAAAAAUUUAAAGCUGGAAAAUUGUACAUUAAAAGAAAAACUCCAAAAAUCAGAAGAGGAACUUUCAAAAAGACUUGGAGUAACGCAGCAGGCUUUGGCUGAUAAAUGUAAGGAGUUAGACAAAUUGCGAAAUGAGUGGGCAUCCCAAACUUCCUUAUUAACCAGCAAGCAUACCCAGGAAAUUAGUGCAGAAAGAGAGAAAGCUUUGCAGGUGCAAAGCCAGUAUCAGCUUCAAUAUGAGCAACAAAAGAAGGAACUGGAGACAACAAGCAGUAGAACUAUACAGCAUUUAGAAUCACGGGUAUCUGAGCUUGAAGCCGUCAACAAAGACCUAACAGAAAGGAAAUAUAAGUCUGAAUCAUGCAUAAGGGAACUUAAAGGCAAACUUAGUGGAAUGGAAGAGGAAUACCACAGAACAAAGCAAGAGGUGACUUCACUUCGAAGAGAAAAUGCAACUCUGGAUUCCGAAUGUCAUGAGAAGGAGAAGCUUAUAAACCAGUUAAAAACAAGGACAGCUGUUCUAGAACAGGAAGUAAAAGACAAGGAGCAAGUAAUAAUUCGAAGUGUUGAUGCCUGUGAAAGUGCUCAGGAACAUAAGAAAAAACUUGAAGAUUCUCUAGACCAAAAACAGGUGCAAACCGGAAAGCUGGAAACAACUGUGAAAUCUCUCUCUGAAGAACUAAUAAAAGCUAAUGAGAUUAUCAAAAAGCUACAGACAGACAUGAAGAAGUUGAUGGAAAAGAUCAAACUUAAAAACGCAGUGACAAUGCAGCAGGAAAAACUUUUGGGAGAAAAAGAACAAACAUUGCAGAAGGAAAAACUGGAGCUAACUAACAUAAAGCAUACUUUAAAGAUGAAGGAAGAAGAGAUGUUGAAAUUGAAAGAGCAGCUGGAUAGUACUACUGAGAAAUUGGAAGAAAGCAAACAACUGUUGAAGACUAAUGAGAAUGUUAUUGCUUGGCUUAAUAAGCAGUUAAAUGAAAACAAAAUUGCAGCUUUGCAAGGGACACAUGGACUGCAUGAAAUGCCUGGUUCACUUAAGGCUGUUGGCAUAGCUUCAAAUGCAGGAGUCAUGCAGACAACCCAGCCUCCAUUUUCAGUUGGAAAUAACCCCUAUAUGGCUUCUACAAUAGCUCAGCCUAUAGGCCCAGCAUUAGUUUCUAACAUCUAUUCAAAGAACUUUACUCCUGGAAUGAGUGCACCAUCUCCAGUCUCUCUUGGUUCAAGGCUCAAUCCCCAUGCAGCCUUUCAGGUUCGCUUCAACCAAAGUUCACCUGCAGUGGAACCAAGACCUGUUCCUUCCACAUCAACACCUAUUUUACCUUCUACCUCAUGUGAUCCAGUUGGGCUGGACAUGAAAUACCUAAAGAAGAAUGGUAGUGUUCCUGUUAAAGGGCAAAAAAAUGGAAGCAGUGUUGGCACAGUUCCAGUGAGACCAGCAUUACCAAAAUCUGGAAGUUCGCCGAUACUAUCUGCUUAUUUCCCAGGGCAACAGUCCAGGCUUCCUGCUUCCUAAGGAACACUAAAUCCAUUUGUAUGGCUUUUUUCACUAGUAGAAACAUCAUACAAAAAUGAGUUUGCUUGAAUAAGACUUUGGGAAUACAUAUAGCAAAUUUAAACUGCCAAAAGAGUGCUAUAUCCAAAAAUAUUGGUAUAAUAAGACCUGUAUUGUUCUAAACAAUUGCUGCAGCGUUUGGCAUUUGUAUUUUUCAACUUGAAGGGACAUUUUUAAAUACCGGUGCAAAUACCAGAUGUCUUCUAGCUAAGGAGGUUUUUGCAACAUACCUAAGAGUUCUGUGUAAUUAAAUCUACUGGUUCUUGGCAUUGGUUCUCUAGGUCCCCUCAUAGUACAACUCCUGGUUUCUCUAUUAUUUGAACAGCUGGGUUCAGGCAAGAAGUUAUGAUCUGGCAGCUCUAGGAAAUGCUACAGGGGAUAGUCCGAUAGUAUGUCAAAUUGUCUUCAUCUUUGUAAACGUUCUUAAACAGUAGGAUUCUUUACUUUUGUGUCUUUGUUAAAUGUUUGCUACUGGCAGAGUCAUUUUACAUGCACACCAAAGGGGUCUUGAUUUCUGUGCUUUAGGAACUCGCUAAUUUAGCAAUGUGCCAUAUCAUAAGGGAGGCAAAAACUCUUGUGUAUUCAAAUGUAUAUUUUCAUGUUUGUAUAUUUGUGUUUGUAAUAAAGUUCUCUAUAAAAGUAUAGGACUUUAUAGGGGGCCUGUGUUUCUGUCAUACAGCAAAAAAAAUAUGAUUUUUGAGGUCACUUGCUUAAAUUUUGUAAAGAUGUAAACUUGUGAUUACCUCUUGUAAUCAAGAUGUUGCUCAACAAAUAUUGUACCUGCCUGACAGAAACACACACAUUUCAGUAAUGAUUUUAUACAUUACUGUAAUUAUUUAUCUGGAUAUUUACAAAAUGUCUUCUGAUUUGUCAAUGUUUCUCAUAAAUUGGCACAAGAUACUAUGAAUUCAUCCAUUUCACUGAAAUUUACCACUCUUGAGAUUCAGAAAUGUUUUUCUGUACAAAUGUUCACAUCAGUAUUAGGGAAACAAAGGCUAAUAUUGUUUCAGUUGGUGAUGAAUUCUCUCUUGAAACAUAUCUUUCCUAAUAUGGAUUUUCUAAAUAUUACUCCAUUGUCCCUCUUUACCAGAAUGGGUGUAGCAGGUGAAUCUGAAAUGUAGAUUUUCUGGUUAUGCAAAAAAUUAAUAUCGGGGUGACUUUUCCCUCCCUGGUAUUUAGUUUUGUGCUUUAAUUCCAAUACUGUGUAUUUUAAUAUGUUUACAUGAGUGCUGUGUUGAAUAUUUCAGUGUAUAAGAAUGCAUUUUCUUUAAUUUACACAUUUUAUAUAUGUAAAAUAAAGUAUUUAUAUUUUGAUUAACAUAAAGAAACCCUGUUUACAACGUAA